UAAAUUCAUAUAAUUUCAGACAAUGAAAUUAAUAUAUCAAGACUUCAAAAUCCAGCAAUUCAGCAAAAUCCUCUGAAAAAUCAGAUGUAUGGUAUAAACUUAAGAUUCACUUUUUCACAUGCAUUUUUACAGGCUGUCAAAGUAGUAUAAUGGUUUAGAAGAGUAAAGGUGAAAGGCCAGUGUAAAGGUUGUGUGUAUACUGUAGUGGCAUUGUUGUCUGCACAAAUAAUGUUUCACCAUUUUUUAAAUCACUGUAUUUUAAAAUCUUUCAACCACAGCAAGGAAGAGCGUUUAAACCGCAAGAAACUUUUGUCCUUGUCAGCCCAAGAUGGUCACCGUGACAAGGAACGCCCUGUCAGCAAUGGUGCCGUGGGCCGUCGGCCUACCCUCAUCUGUCCUGACCGUCUCAAGGACUUUGGGGCUGAGGAAUACCUCGAUGUGGAUGUAAAAUGUUUGGAAACUGAAAGUCACUGAGGCACCAGAGAUCCAACUAAUGUGCCCAGUCAAGCCCAUCAAAAAGCGUGUCAGUGUGUGCACACCCGUAAGCAACGUUCCUGCUGAGUACCUUCGCUUUGAGGAUAUAAGCAUGGCAGCACUUAAAAUCCAAUCAGGCGUACAAAAGACUCCAUGCACAUACUCUAGGCUGUCCAAGCAAUAUGGCAUGGAGAUCUUCAUGAAGAAGGAGCACCUGAACUAUACCGGAUCUGUAAAAGAGAGAGGAGUACUUCACCUCCUUUCCUCCCUAACACCAGAGCAGCAGAGGAAAGGUGUGAUUGUGGCAACAGACUGUAACUUCUCCCUCGCUGUUGCUUAUCACGCCGCUGAACUGCGGAUUCCUGUGUUUGUCAUCAUGCCGGCGAACAGCUCCCAGUCUCGACUGCGCAUGUACCGUGAAUACGGGGCCAUGGUGAUCUCGUAUGGCAGCACGGCACACGACUCUCAGUCCCAUGCACACCAUCUGGCCAAUGAGAAUGGUUAUCUAUGCCUUGAGGAGGAUGACAGUGCAGUGUACUUGGCAGGACUGGGCACAGUGGGCAUCGAGAUCUAUGAGCAAGUGCCCAAACUGGAUGCAGUCAUCAUCCCUGCAGGUGGGCAGUGUGGCCUCCUAGCAGGUACAGCUGCUGCAAUCAAACACCUAAACCCCAACAUAGCAGUCAUAGGAGUAGAACCAGAGGAGUUUCCCCUCUUGCUCCAAUCUCUUAAAACCGACUCCCCAAUUAAGGAUCUCUAUGGCAACCCCAACAGAAAGCUCUACAGAGAUCUGGUAGAGCAUUCCAUGGGGACUAACACUUUCCAAAUUGCCAAGAAGCUUGUGAACAAAGUCGUCUCAGUGAGAGAGGAGGAUGCCCUGGUCGCUAUGCUGAGGUUUCAGGAGUACGAGCGCUCCAUGGUGGACAUGGAGGGAGCCAUGGGACUGGCAGCGAUCAUAGCUGGGCUGCUGCCAGAACUUAAAGGUAAAAGGGUAACAAUAGUGGUCAGCAGUGCUAACAUGGAGCUGGACCUUGUGAGGCACUGUGUGGACCGGGCCUUGUUCUUGGAUGAUCGGGUCAGCCGAUUCACUGUACAUAUCGGUGAAUGGCCUGGGGAAAUGGCCAAAUUGCUAGAUAUGCUAGCUCGCGAAGAUAUUCGGUUGUUAGAUGUUUGUCACAGGAGAUACAGUGAAAAAGCAGAUCUCUUCAAAGCUCAGGUGGAGUGUGUGGUGGAAACCAGGGAUAAAACACAAAAUUGCCAGCUAAGACGAACACUCUCAGAACGCUACCCUUCACUUUGUUGGCUGGAUCGGUGACCACAAUAGUAGAACUACUGCUAAACACACAUACAUAUUCCCUUACACAGACAUAAAACCUGAAUGCAAGAAAAAGAGGAGCCGCACACAAAGUUCAGGGUCCCAACAUGUGUAUUACACUUAGUUCCUUAUGGGCCCCUUGUUUGAACAGCUGGCAGAAUUGGUGGAAAUGUAUCUUUGAGACAGAAUAUGUAUCAUGGCAUCUAGUGUUGUCACUGUGCCUGAUGGCAAACAUGUUUCAAAAUCACCAACAUUUACAAUUAUUUGGAAUGUCACAUUGAAAGAUUUUGAGGUUGUACCUCAAAUUCCUAAUUAAUUUUAGAAUUGUCCAGACCAUUCGAUCUGUUGAUCCCCACUGUUCUGUGCUUUGGCUUAGUGUGGCACCUGUCUUUACCACCAGCUGUUUGUGCUCGAACUAGGGGCCUUUGUGUACAUUAGAGUCACUCACCCAUGCACUUUCAAUCCAACACAUUAUCAAAUAUUCCAUAAAUAUACAUUUCGAUAAAGUGUUUUGAAAACUACUCAGAAUGAUAGUCCACCCAAAGUUAACACACGGUUACCAUAGUAACCAUAGUUGCAUGGUAACACGGUUACCAUGCAACAUGCAGUAUCUUCUCAAUUGCACUGUCCAUGCAUUCAUGACAACUGUAAGCACAAAUUAACUCUUUGAACAUAGAAGUGGACGCCACUGUUCACUAGUGCAUAUUAAUCUUGGUAAAUAAAGAAGAGUGUGAGAGCAAACUUUGUGAUUUACCACAUGUCUAGACAGUAUACAAUUUGUAACUGUGAUCUGAUGUUGACAGGAGCAGCAGACAAAGAAACCUGGACAUUAGUUACUAUGCCUUUAACUUUCUUAAAUAAUAGCAUACAUUAGUUAAUAUGCCUUUAUCUUUCUUAAAUAAUAGCAUACAUUGAUAAGACACUGACAUGAUAAUGUAAUAUUGAAUGAUGAAAUGUUAUCCACACUACAAUUACUCUUGCAAAUCUGAAAUCAGUACAAAACUAGAAAAGAUAGGAAAACAGUCAGUAUGGUCGAUUCUGGGAAAACAUUUAUCUUUGUAAUCAGAGGCCAGGUAUAGAUGUGUUGAUUUCAGAAUAUAAAAAUAAUGCUAAAACAUUAUGACCAUCUUCCUAAUAUUCCUUUAUGGUUUUAAUUUUCCAUGACUUGCCAGUGUAGGUUGGUCCUCACGACUACUGAGCAGGGCCGCCCCACAAGUUUGUCCUUUUGAGUUGCUCCAACCCAGUCAUCAGGCAAUGACAUUAUUCACCUAAUUUCUAAGUGGUCAUGAUGUUUUGCCUUAUUGGUGUAUAAUCAAUCCAGGAGAGGAGGGGCUUGCAUGUCAUAAUGUAUUGAUGUAUGGUUCAGAAGUUUGGAAUCACUCAGAACUUUCCUUCCAAGUCCAUUAUGUAAACCAAUCCUAAAUGAUCGUGUUUAAAAUGAUGUUCGUGCUGAAAACUGAAGCGAUAAAUCAGGCCAUAUUUGGGCUGUUUGAGCACCGGGAGCAUCAGCACUUGUGGAUUUAAUUAUAGUCUGAAAAUGGUCAGAAAGAGCUUUCUUCAGAAACUUGACAGUCUACUAUUAUGACAGCCACUGCAUCAUAGUUUUUUUCUUCAUCUUCUGCAUUUUUUUCAUCAGUUUUUGGUUGGCAAUAUAAUAUACUUAUACUUCACCAAUCCACAUGACACUUUGUAUGGUUGUUGCAUUCCAUUGCUGAUACGAAAUAGGUGUGCGUUUCCCUUCAUGCUAGUGCACCCUGAAGUGGGGUAGGCUCCAAAUCACUUUUUGGGCAAUAGCUCAAAAACCAUUUUGCCAUAAAUUAUCAAUUUUUUUUUGGCAAGCUGGCCUCUAGGAGGUGCAUUCUCAUAGCUCAUUAUGAUUCAUUUGUGGAGUGGUGCCAACCAAUGAAUAAUGUUCAAAGCAAAAAUCGAACACUUCAAUAGCCAAUAUCAUGUGAGAUUCAAACUUCACAUUGUUUACCACAUUUCACCCAUAGCGCUGCAACUAACAUUUCAACAUCUCAGGAACUUGCGGUUUUGUAAUUUUGUACAUUUGCUCACAUCUCCUAAAGUUCCAUUUGCUCACAUCUCACACAGUUUUAUUUGGCGCUCUCAACAAAAUGGCAGCCAACAGCCAAUCAAAAUUCAGCAGCUAUACAUGCCUGCGUGAAUGGCCAAUCCUAAUUGAAUUUUGUAUGGUCAUUCAUAAUGGCAUAUAGAAGCUAUUUACCCUAAUUCAGACAAAUCAGCCUUAAGAUGUCACCACAACAAGAUACAACAUGUUUCCCUCUGUUGAAUCAGCCAUAAGAUGUCACCACAACAAGAUACAACAUGUUUCCCUCUGUUGAAUCAGCCAUAAAAUGUCACCACAACAAGUUACAACAUGUUUCCCUCUGUUGAAUCAGCCAUAAGAUGUCACCACAACAAGUUACAACAUGUGUCCCUCUGUUCCACUCAUGGUUUGGUCAAUCUUUAAAUUCAUUCUGUCUUUGAAAUACAGUUUCACCUGUUGAAGUGGUCAAAUCAUUCAACCUUUCGUUACAUGGGGCAGGUCACACAUAGACAUGCAUAUUUUUCCAAACUUUGUAAAUAAAUGCCAAGUACAGUUAUACAAUGAAGCUCAUAUUGUUGCUUUUGUAUACAUGGAAAUUUCACAAAAUACUGUCUUAAAGCCACACUCAUCCUCACUAGGCAGGUCUCAAAACCUCAGAAUGUAACUUCUGCUUCAUACAACAAACUUAUUAUUUUAUUGUUGCCAGAAACAUCAUCAUUCAAGAGAACACACUUUUCCUGGAACGGAAAAUAUCUUAUUUCACUUAGUCAUAUUACACACCUCUAUGCAGUAUGUCUAAUUAUUAAACAAAUGAAGGCUAUUCCAUGCAAUACUGGACAAAAGACAACGGAUACUGGGUGAAAGAUUAUUUCAUUUUUUAAUGGAUAUACAAAUUUACAUGGAGGUGUUUGAAUCACAGUGAAGAAACUUUGUGAAACGCAAUACAAAUGAAGAGAUUCUGAAGGAGCACUUGACGCCAUCUCUUAAGCAUGGCAGAGGAAAUGUGUUGUCUGGGGGUGCUUUGGUAAGAAUGUUUAACACGCAAGGCUGUAACUCAUUUUACCAAAACCAUGGCCAUGCCAUACCCUGUACACAGCCCUUGACUGGAGCCGAUGUCAUCCUACAACAAGACAGCCAUCCAAAAGAUUGGCUCCAAAUGAUGCAAGACCUAUUUAGGGAAGCAGUCAAGCUGUAAUGCUGCAAAUGGAGGAUUCUUUGAUGACAGCAAAUUAUCAAUCACAAAACUGUUAUUUCAAGCUGAAGUCUUGACUAUAUUUCCUAUUCAUUUUCCAUCCUUUUCGAUAGAUGUCGAUGUUUUCUGGGUGAUUCCAAACUUUUGAACACAAGUGUAAUAUAAACUUCUAACAUGGAAUUCCAACAUUGUAUACUUUCUCAAAGCCUAUAUUUAUGUUUAAUAUGGUAGCUACAUUUAUGUGCUGAAGAAGACAAAAUAAAAAUACCCAGUUAACCAGU